AUGAAGCUUAGUGACUUGGUGUUGGGCAUUCUGUUCCUUAUUCAGAUGGGAGUUGGGAUUCUUGGGAAUUUCUUCCUCCUGGGCCUCUACAGCUUCACUUUGCUCAUUGGCCAAAGGCUGAGGCCCAGAGAGUGUCUUUUUGUCCACUUGGCUUUGGCCAACUCAAGUGUGCUUCUCUCCAAGGGAAUUCCUCAUAUGAUUGCCUGGUUAGGCACCAAAAAUUUCUUGGACAGUCUUGGGUGUAAACUUAUUGUUUAUCUAAAUAACGUGGCUCGGAGUGUUUGCCUCGGCAUCACCUGCCUCUUCAGUGGAUUUCAGGUCAUCACCAUCAGUCCCGGUAACUCCAGGUGGGCAGAACUCAAAAUCAAAGCCCCAAAGUGUGUUGUCCCUACCUGCUUCCUCUGCUGGUGUUUCUACCUACUGAUAAAUCUCACUUUGCUUGGGACUAUGCAUAACUCAAGGUAUAUGAUUAAUAGUACAAGGAUGCGGCAUCUGGGAUAUUGUUCAAUUUUAGCUCCUGAUUCUUUUAAUGCCUCACUUUUUGCCAUUGUCUUUUUUAUUCCUGAUGUCAUAUGUGUGGGAUUCAUGAUCUGGGCCAGUGCCUACCUAGUGCUUCUCCUGCACAGACACCACCAGCAAGUCCAACAUAUUCACAGUCUUCUGCUCUCUCCCAGAACAUCCCCUGAAAAAUGAGCCAUCCAUGUAGUCCUCCUAUUAGUGAGCACAUAUGCCUCCUUUUAUUCCAUUAAUUCUAGCUUGUCAUUCUACCUUUUUAAAAUUGAGAAUCAUCCGCCUUGGCUCAUUGCCAUCUCUGACCUCCUAGCAGCAUGGUUUCCAACCACCAGCCCUUUUAUGCUGAUCUUCUGUGACUCUCAAGUCCAUAAAUAUUGGUAUGUUCUGUGGUAUAGGAAAUGUUCCUGUCUCCUGUGCCACAGUUUCCCUAACUGUAUACCCUCCCAGAGUUCGACUUUAGAACUAUGA